CAGAGCUCCGUAUGUAAACACCAGACAUGGCCGACGACAUGGACGAAGAUGAGGAGCAGUUGUUACCGGUACAUGAACUCGAAGAAGAGUUGAGCGAGGAGGAAAGUGGGAAUAGCAUGGGAGAUCAAGAAGAGGCCGAUUCUCCGGAAGAAGAAGAAGAGGAGGAUCAUCUUCAUGUAGGUUUUUUGCGUCGUCUUCACCUGCGUAUCAGAAGCAGACGGGACCAUGAUCGAGUAGAGAAACGCCCUACCAAGAUAACCUAUGACCCCUCACUUCCAACUGCCCACUCUUACCUUGGCUCUGACCUGGAGGAAUACAGUGGUCGGACAGUCCUUGAUGAAGACACUUUCAUCUCGCUGCCCCUCCUGCACCUUCCAGGGGUCAUCUUGUUGCCUGGCCAAACACUGCCCCUCCAUCUCUUCAAUCAGAGGAUCAUCUCCAUGAUGAAACACGUCAUACAGAACAACAGGACAUUUGGAAUGGUACAUGAUACUCAAAGUCAUGACAUGAGGACUGGUGUGGAGGGGAGCAUGUCAGCCAUUGGAACAACGGCUGAAAUCUUCAGUGCCAAGGAAGAGGAAGACAGCGGCGUGGAGACGAUGAGGGUGAAGGCAAUGGGAAGACAGAGGUUCCAAGUCAUGGAUACAAGGCGGCAAACCGAUGGGAUCGUCGUCGGCACUGUCCGCAUCAUCACCGAGCCUGAGUUGCCCGGAGCCCUAGAGGGUGCCCAGCUGUCCUCCCGGAACCGACUGAGGCCUAUACCCCUGCAGCUGCAGCAGCCCAGUGGCCCAGAGAGGAUGCAGUGGCUGCGGGAGAGGAGGAAGAGGCAUCUGGGCGCAGCUAACUGGACCUGGCUGCCUCCCUGGGUCUAUGAGAUGUAUGAUGCGGAAGUUCUGAUGCUUCACAUCAAAGCUGAGCUGAGGAGUUGGUACGAGGACUCGGUCAAAUUCCACACCCUGCCAUCCAAUCCUUCUGGUUUCUCCUUCUGGGUGGCAAGUAACCUACCACUGAACGACACACAACGGCUGAAGCUAUUGGAGAUCAACUGCCCGGUGCAGAGGCUACGGCUUGAGCUGGACACACUGCGCAAGUGUACAAUGCUGAACUGUACCAGAUGUGGUCUGGAUAUUGCAAACAAGAGUGACGUUUUCAGCAUGUCUCUUGAUGGUCCAAUGGCGGCCUAUGUGAACCCAGCAGGUUAUGUACAUGACACCCUGACCCUAUACCGCGCUCACAACCUGAAUCUGGUCGGGAGACCAUCACAGGAAAAUAGCUGGUUUCCUGGCUAUGCGUGGACCAUCCUGCAAUGCCGACACUGCGAUGGUCACAUGGGCUGGAAGUUCACAGCCGCCAAGCGCAAACUGAAGCCAGAGAUGUUUUGGGGUCUUACCAGGUCAGCGGUGCAGCCAGGCUUCAAGGAGGCCUCGCAGGAGCGGGAGAUGCCUCUGAUCUGAUGCAAGCCCAUCUGUGUCCAUAUCUCUGCUCAGUUGAGUUCAGUAAAGUCAUGUUUUGAUGGACGCACAAGUCUCCUAAUGAAUAACAGGCAUGACGGCUAUUUGCUUCAUCUGCAAGUGGCUGCUCGAUGAACGCUACGCAGUAAGCCAACAGUAGAACCUACUGUGGGAGCCUGCAUUGUACAUGCAUAGUGGCGAAAAGACCACGUCUAAAAUGAAGCCAUCCUAUGGCUAAUUGAAAAACCAGUAAUUGCUAUCUGUCUGUGAAAACCAACUACCGUAGUUACUUGGAGGGGACUGUGCUGAAUUCCAGCUUGGAGACUGCUGAAUCUUACACAGUCCGAACUCUAAAUCUAGAAUCUUCCUGCUCAUAUCAACAAAAGCUAACAAAAAUAACCUGUCAAAUAUCUUUGGCUUCAGCAAGGUAGUUCUUACACUCAUCUGUGAUCUCGAUUCAUGUAAGUUUCCUUGUACCAAAAGUGCUGAUUUCCUUGUAAACUUAAGUGACUUUCUGAUGAAAUGUUUUACCCAUACUGACAACGUUCACAACUUUGAUUCAUCAAAAGUACAGAAACCUUAAGUGUCUCUUUAUCAGACAUGUCAGCCAGGUGUCUAUUUUUUCUGCUACAUUUUUAACAUGUGAUUCACUGUUUAUGGUCACUUUCUUAAGGAAAUAUUUAAUAUAGUAUACUCGGUAUAGGCUUUUGUACAUGAACAAAUCAUUUGAGUGAUAGUCGCAGCAAGGCAUCAAUUUGUGUUAACCGAGAUUUCACUUACCACGCUUAAUGAAGACAUACAGCAUAUCAGUGUUCUAAAGCUCACUUUAAAUAUUGUAAAUUUGACACAAGUAAUUUACACUUCACACCCCCUUGAGAUACAACGGUGCAGAUGGCUUUGCAAAGGUUGAAGGCAUAGUGUACCGUAGCCACAAAUAUAUGACAGUUCUUGGUUACAUUUCACUAGGAUGUAUAUGAAUUGUUUCUUGGAAGGGUUUGAUGCAUCAGUAAUUUAGCACUAUUCUUCUGUCAAGAAGAAAGUUCAAAUUACUGUUCAUUAUCUUUUAUACAAUUUACAGGUAUACUGUACAUGUACACUAUACAAAUGCCAAACUGAAAGAGGCAAAUGAAUUGGCUGCGUGAGACUACUGAAGAAAAUGAUGUACAUGUACCAUCAGCAGCUUUCCUGAGCUGCAUAAGUCUGUCAUAACAUGUACAUGUUCUUGCAUUAUGUCAAAUGAUUUGUGUAGCUGUUAAGCACAUGUAUUUGGUACAGUCCCUAGAACAGUUCCUCACUUACUGGCCAAGUUCCACUGGUGACCCUUAGUCCACUGGUGGUUGAUUUGUGACAAGUACCGAAGAUAAAUUUGUGCACAGGCUUGGCUGCCAGGCAGACCUGACCUCUUGAUUAAUUAUAAUUGGUCAGUGAUUGAACUUUCGCCCAGAAGACAUUUAAAGAGAAACCUCAACGGUGGAAGAAAAUAAGAAAUCUGGCCUUCGUUUACUUGGAUCCCAUUAUAUGUAUCUAUGCCACAUAAACCCAAUAUUUUUGGUUUAAAAGAAUCACUUUGAAGACCCGUUUCUGCCGAGUGCCAUGGCUAGCUUUCAUGAAAGGAGCGUGUCGUCAUCGCUUCAUUUACAUCUCAUGAAUUCGGCCUUUCCAGGAUUUUGUCGACGUAGCACCAUGAAAACGGUUCUCCAGCUGGUGCAUGUACGCACUGAGUGGGCACAGUCAUGUCAGUGCACAUAAUUACACAUAGUAUAGUAACACAUGUGUAGUUACAGUUAUACACUGUCCCAAGUACGAGGCGCAGAGACUUACUGCUUUGAACCCAUUGUGCCCCGGAGCACCUCCGGGAUCCCAAUUGAGCUGACGAUGGGCCACCACUGGUGAACGUGGCGAUGAAGGAGACAAAGAUCAUUUGAUAAAUAUGGCUUGGUAGGUUCAGAGUGAAGGACAGAUGUCUUCAAUGUUUUUUAUGUUGUUAUUUUAUUCUGAAAAAGUGUCAGGCUAGGCUGGCAGCUCACGGUGCUCAUUUCCAUGGUGGUACAUGUACGUCAUCAAAAAAGUAGUUCUGCCUGGUGCCACCAACGGUACAAAUAUGAAAGUUUUUGAAAACCAGCAGAAUUGGUCCAUAUGUUUAUCGCAUUAUUACUAUUUAUUCAGAAGUCACAGUGCCACUUUACAACUUAUUACAUAGAUACCAUGUGAGUAUAUUAAACUGUAUUCCCAAUUUUUUUUUCACCACCGUUGGGGUGGCGCUUUAAAAAUAGGGACACAACGCUGCUUGAGAGCUCAGUUGCUAGAGUACCAAUUCAGUGUGCCAGAGAUCACUGGUGAAAAUGUCAUUUUUUUGUUCAGCCUAAUUAUUGUUCAUACAUGUAGUAAUGCAAUAAACUACGCAAAAGUCUCCAGCUAACAGAUGUGCAAGUGCGGUUAUACCCAAGCUAUAACAACAAAUAUAUGUCUCGAGAAUGAGUUUCAGCAUAUGUACAUGUAACCAAUACAUUGUAUGACCCUUUAGAUCUAUUGUAAACAGAUGUACAUGUAUUGUGCAUGAAGGUACAUACAGGUACACGAGUCUUUGAUGAGUGCAUGUUGCAAUCGCUUGUGAAAUCUGUGCUGAAACGAUACUUUUUGUAAGUUGUUGCAUUUGGUAUGUUUGGUUGCUAAUCUUACAAAGGCAGUUUAGUCAGCGGUUUGAUGGUCACACAACUGUAGGUUUAGAAUGUAUGUACGUCAAGUUGUUUGUGAAAUCCCAGCAAGAAUAUUGUUAGAGAAUUCUGACGCCACUCAGAGUUUAAUUAAUUGAACUUGAGAAGGUCACUGACCUCAAUUGAAUUGCUGAAUGACAUUGGCAACAACAAAUGUUGCCUGUAGCACAACAGAAAACAAAAAUGAAACAAUUACGGUACUUUGGCGUUUCGAAUCAAACAGUUGCUCUUCGAUGUGCCGAGUUUCCCAGUGAUUUAUCAGACCAGCAGUUAAAGUAACAAGAGGCAAGCAUGGAAAACCACUGUACACUUUAUCGUUAACGGUGAAACAAAACGAUUAUAGACAUCAAGUCCAUUAUGUUCACGUCUAGUGCUUAAAUAACAUGGUGGCUCUGUACUACUAAACAUUUUUCUAGUAUCCAACAACUAUCAAUGUUUGGUAUCACUGCCUAACGCACUGCAAACUGGCUUACAAUGAAAUGGAAUGAUUUAUAAUACUGAUUGCAUGGAGUGAAACAUUUAUUUGUCCAUGUACCAUUUGUACAGGUAAAUGAAACUGUUGAAAGUUCAUACUACAUGUAAGAUGCAACCUAGGCUUAAUGUUGUAAAUGGCAUGUAAAUAAAACGAUAUAGUUUGAA